AGCCUCGAUCCUUCCACGAGCGCCGACAUUCCCUUAAUGGUUUAGACCACCUUUCUCCUGGGACGACGCCCCGACAGCCUCCGUUCUCGGCCGAGUGUUUCCAGUCUCAUAUUGUAGCCCGACCCUAUACGCUCUUUCUUUCAAAACAUGGGUAUCUGUGCGUCCUGCUUGGGCAGGCGUGGCGAGGACUCGUACGACGAGGACGAUCUAUCCCGACUUCUCUCAGACGAAGCGAACAACAACCAAUAUGGAAGCUUUGGCGACCAGCACCUCCAUGCGCAGGCCGAUCCUCUAGAGUCUCAGCGUGAGACGGAGGCUCUGCAGAGAGUAGUCGCGCGAACGUCCAAUAAUCUCGUGGACGUCUUCGAGGUUGUUCCUCAAGAAGCGCAAAGAUUGCACCCAGCCAUGCUCUCCAGGCAAGAUAUGCGCGUUUCGCGUUACCAGAACAUCCUGGCGAAGCUGUCCUCCGACGAUGGCAGCGACGAGGCCGACCCAGCAGAUGUCAGUUAUGAGUGGACAGUCAACGACGACGAGGACAACAUCGAGCUCCAACAUGGACAAACAACAAUCAAGGAGGCCGGCGGGCCUCUCGUAGGGACCUUCGCAGAUGCUGCGAAAGCUUUAGCUUAAUAUGACCGCCGUGCUACUCUACCAACACAACCCAACAAUUUCAUGCUGUUUCAUAUCCCACAACGCCGAUUGAUGAACGAGAUGAUCUCCGGGCACACCUAGAACUUAGAAUGUCCACGGCCGUAUGGUGUCACAAGAUUUCACAGCUCAAAAUGGAAAUUUAAGACUGUGGUG